AUGAUUGCCAUAUUUUAAUCGAUAUUGUUGUUAUUAUAUGUUAAAAUUACAGAGUGUUGUACAUAAUUACCUAAUAAUGAAUUGGUAUUAGUGAAUAAAAUAAAUGAAACAUAAAGUAUGAAUAUUUAAAGUUUAUUCAUUAAAUAAGAGCAAUCAUAAAUAUUUCUAACAACUAAUGAUAGUGACAUUUAUGUUCAAUAAUUUAUGUAUAACCUUUCUAAUUCCAAGAAUUCAUUUGAAAAUAUAGUAAAUGUUAAGUGUUUGAGAUCAUAUAAGGAUUUUACAGCAGCAAAUCAAUAUGUAUUAUUGAAUAAAAUUAAUGAUAAAUAUCAAAUCCAUACAAAUAGUUAUUAAAUUCAAUACAAUCAGCGUUUACCAGAAUUCAAUUAAUAUUUUGAAAUCACAGAUCAUAUAUGUCAUGAUAUAGAAAUAUUGAAUAGAUAGACUCUAAUAGCAGAUUGCUAUAAUGAAAGUAAUAACGUUUUCAUUCUUUAGAGAGAAUCAAGUCAAAUAUAAUAUUUUAUUUAUAAUCAGACUAAAGAUUUUAAAAUUAAGAGAAGAAUGUUUGCUUUUUAAGAUAAUCUAAUAAUAUGUGUUGUAUAUUAUGAUGAGGAAUAAUAGUAAUCAUCAAUUCAAUUUAUUUAAUUUGGUGAAAGUGUAUCAACACUUCUAAUAAUUGAUGACACAUAUAUAAAUAAUAUAUUAAUUGAUACAAAAACAAUGAUUGAAUUAUAGAUAAUAUAAGUGUAAGUUGAAAAGUAAAUAAUAACAAUACUAAAUAAAAAUUAAUGGGUUAUAUCAAUAAAUGCAUAAGAAUUUCCAUAUAUAGUUAUAUUUGAUUAUUUUAAACUUGAACUACGAUAUCCUGCAGUAUUCUUUACAUAUCAUGUAUAUAAUUAAUCUUAUGUAUUUUUAACUUAAUACGAAAUUCAUUUAUUGAUUAAUGGUUUCACAACAACCAAAAAAAUUGAUAAUAAGGAUGAAUAAAUAUAGAUAUACUUUACAAAAAAUAAUCUAAUAUAAUACAAUGAUGGAUAUUUGAAUUUAUUAUAAUUAAAUUUAAAGAAUAUAUCAAAAUUUCCUUUAGAUGAGAAUUAUAAAUUAAUUUUGGAUUAAUUAUCUGAUGAAAUAAUUGCAAUUAAUGAAUAAGAGAGUAUAAGAAUUAUCAUUAAAUCUAAUAGAUAUUUAUAUUUUAAAUCAAAUUCUUUGUAUUAAUAAUUCAAAUAGGCUUCUUUGAUAUAGUAAAUAAAUAUACUUGAAUCUUGUACUUUAAAUAUUAGAUAUAGAACUAUAUUAUGGAACUCUACAGAAGCAAUACCUACUGUAAUGAAUCAAUUCAAUACAAUAUUAAAUAAUCAAAUAGAAUCAUAUGAAGUGGAUAGAUUCAUUGAUGGACCCAAUAUUACUAUCUCUGAUAUUAAUGGAUUAAAGGUAAAUUAAGUUUAAUUUAGUAUAAAUUUUUAAUAAUUAUAACAGAAGACUAUUAGUGGAAUACUUAGUGAUUCAACUCCAUAAUAUAUAAAAGUAAUACCUAUUGCAACAAUAUAUUUGUAUUUCAUUUAAUCAACAAAUUAAUAUGUACAAUUUUACAUUUGUAUUUAAGAUAUGAAUUGUGCAUUUACUACUUAAUUAUAUUUAGAAUUCAAUUUAUCAUCUACUCAUCAUGAAUUCUUUAUUAAUAAAUAAAAUAUAUAUAUAGUAGUUAAGAAUAAUUAAUAAUUAGAUGUUUGGAAAUUAAAUGAAUAACUUAUUUAUUAAUGUACAAUCUAUCCAGAUUAAGAUCAUUAAAUUAUAUAAUUUCAUUACAUUAAUGAAUUCUUAGCAGUUCUCUAUUCAAAUCAAUUAGUAGUUGUUUAUAAAGUAGUUGAUUAAUGUUAGAGAUCAUAAGCAUUUACAUCUGAAUUUAUUUAAAAUUUCAAUAUUUAAUGGAAUCCUUCCUAUAUAGAGACAAAUGAAAAUUAUAAUAUUCUCUAUGUCUAAACUGAAAUGUAAUUAUUAUUGAUUCAAGUCUAAGAACAAGAAAUAUUUCCUAUUAACAUUAUUCCACUUAGUUAUAAUAAAUCUAUUAGAAUAUUUUCAUAUUAAAAUAUCAUUUGGAUUUAUUAUAAAGAUACUGAAGUAAUUGAAUCAUUUAUUAUCAACUCCAUUACAUUUAUUGAAUACUAAAGUACUAUUUCCUUAUUUAAUGUUAUUCCUAAUAAAUUCUUACAUCAUUAAUAAUCUAAAUAUGUCUAUUUCCAAAAUAGUCAAGAUAGUUUAGGUACUAUCUAUGUAUAUUGUAUGGAAAGUAGUAGUCAUAAUGCAUUAUUAACAACAUUUUCAACUAAAUAUAAAAUCCUUUAUUCAGUUUCAAAUUUAUUCAUCAUAGCUGAUAUCAACAAUUAUUUUGAAAUACCAUAGAAAAUUAAAUAUUCAAUUUAUUAUCAAGAUAUAGAUAAUCCUAAUUAUUUAGUUAAAGUUAAUACAUUCUUAGUUAUUUCAAGUUAUGAUAAUAAAGAAUAAUUCAAAUAUAUUAUUAAUUCAACUCUUGUAAAUCCCUAUACAACUAUCACUGUUAAUUUAACAUAAUUGAAUAUUGAAGAAUUACUUAAUUAAAAUAGACCUAUAGGUUAUUGUUAAAGUAAGUAUUCUUGGUACACUGGAUAAGUAGUUGAUAUUGGUUUAAAAAGUCAAUAAUUGAAACUUCGAAAAUCCAUGCAUUUAUUAGAAAAGGAGAUUUGUUCUUCAGGAUUAGAUAUAAAAGAAUACAUUUAAGAUUCAGUAAUCAUUUUAUAUUAGGAUAAAAUUGUCAAAUUAAAUAUGACUACUAAAAUAUAGUAAAUCUAUUACUUAGAUACUUCUUUAACUUAUACUAAAAUACUCUUAGUUUAUAAUGAACUUAUAUUUAUUACAUCUUUAAAAUUGAUUCCAAGUUUCACUUAUUAGAUUAUAAUACUAAGUUGUGACAAAGAUUUUAAAUGCAUAAACAAAUAUGAUGGAAUUAUUUCAAAUAGUGAUCCAAAAAUUAUUAAAGUAUUAUCUAAUUUCCUAUUCAUCAUCUCUGAAAUAUAAAUAAAUAUCUAUACCUUUAAAGAUGAUGAAUUAUUAUAUGUUCAAGAUGUUAAUAAUUCGAAUCUAGAUUAAUUUCAAGAUGUUAUCUCUCUUUAAUAAAAUUAUUAUCAAAUUUACUCCAAAAAAUCAAAUGAAAUCAUUAUUUCUAUGUAUCAGCUCUAAGAAAAUAAAUUUAUUUUAAUGUAAUAAAUUGGAGUUGAUUUAUUAGAUGUCAUCUAAUAAAUAGGCUUUUAUAUAGAUCCUAAAACAAUUUUUCAGAGAAUUAUUAUCAAACAUAGCAAAAUUUAGUAAUAAUUAUUUACUGCAGAAUUAUUCUGUUAAGCAUAUAAACAUUCACAUUAUAUUCUAUAAAUACAAUACAUUUGUAAAUUUUCACCUAUUUUCUGCUCUAUUAAUAAUUAUAAAAUAUUACAAAUAUUUUAAGGAUAUGGGAAUUGGCCUUCAAAAUAAGCUAAAUUGUAUAAAGACUAAUAUUUAUUGAUGAUUUACUAUUAAUCUACUACAUUUAUUAGUGCCAUUUAUAGUUUACAAUUAAAUUAUGUUCAUCCAACAAUAUCUUCAACUUUAUUUUCAGGAGCCAUAUAAUAUUAAAAUGUUUCAGUUUCCUAAUAAGCAUUUUUUAUAUAAGAAUUUUAAAUUUAUUUAUUAACUAAUUCAAUUAAUAGGGAAGUAUUUGCUCUUUAUGAAAUUCAUAAUACUACUAAGUUUUGUAUUUAAGAUCAUUAAAAAUCAGAAAAAAUUAUAAUAACUCUAAAAAAUAACUUUAAUGAAAAAAAUGUAACUAUUGAUAUGAAUCAAAAUAAUGAUAAUAACAAUAAUAAAACUAAAAAAUUUAUAAUUUGGCUUAUUUUUGGAAUUCUUUUAGUAUUCCUUUUUGGAAUGCUUUUAUUUGGUUGUUAUAUCAAACAAAAAAAGAAACAUGUAGAAAAUUAAUUAUUUUUAUGA